GAGAAGGCGGGUGUGAACGUGUCCGUCGUGUUCGGGCUCCUGUCCGAGGAGGCAGCGCGGCAGAUGAGAAGCAGGGGGAAGUCUCUGAAGGCCAAAGACGGGAAACUGCCUUUUUGCGCCAUGGGUGUGAGCUCUGUUAUCCAUCCAAAGAACCCUCAUGUUCCAACCAUGCACUUCAACUACAGAUACUUUGAAAUUGAAGAAGCAGAUGGAACUAAACAGUGGUGGUUUGGUGGUGGGACUGACCUCACUCCAACUUACCUGAAUGAAGAGGAUGCCGUUCAUUUUCACAAGACUCUGAAAGAAGCCUGUGACAAGCAUGAUCUGAAGCUGUAUCCCAAGUACAAGAAAUGGUGCGAUGACUACUUCUAUAUCAAGCACCGUGGCGAGCGAAGAGGGAUUGGAGGCAUAUUUUUUGACGACGUGGACUCUCCCUCCAAGGAGGAAGUAUUCCAGUUCGUGAAGAGUUGUGCCAAAGCUGUUGUGCCUUGUUACAUUCCUAUUGUGAAAAGGCACUGCCAUGACUCCUUUACACCAGAGGAGAAGCUAUGGCAGCAGCUUCGGAGAGGACGGUAUGUGGAGUUCAACUUAGUUUAUGACAGAGGUACAAAGUUUGGCCUCCUGACACCAGGAUCAAGAAUUGAAAGCAUUCUUAUGUCUCUGCCACUGACUGCAAGGUGGGAGUACAUGCACACCCCUCCAGAGAGCUCGAAAGAAGCAGAAAUCCUGGAGGUUCUGCGCAAUCCCAAAGACUGGGUGCACUGACACGGAUCGUGAACAAGAUGGAUUGCUUACACUGAGCCAUUAUGAAAGAACAGGAGCGCCUGCAAACCAGCUCAUUCAAACUGCUGUGGCAUUUCAGUAUAGCUAUUUAUACUCUUACCUGGUGCCUUAAUAAUGCUGUAGACUUGUUACAACUUGCAAAUAUGUGAACUCAUUCUUUAUGAUUGAUCAGCUAAUGUUAUCACUCCCUGUUGAUGUUGCCUUGUGAAGGACUGGCAGUACCUUCACAGGACUACUGUGCAUGCUUAAGAACUUCCUCAGCUCAUUUGUUUGACAGCAAAAUGGUAAACUACUGUGAAGUGUUCUCCCACUGGAAUGAAAGCAUUAUCUAUGCCUAAACGGCACUGCUUACUCCUAGAAAAUGUUGGGAUGUUUUAGAAUAUUUUUUUUUAAAGAAUAAAGG